AUGUCAAGCUACACCGGUAAUGCAGGCGAGGUUGCCUUUACGUAUGACAAAGCGCUGCAGAAGACAAGUAUUCGACUCUUGAAAGUGAUACUGGAUCCUGAGCCAAGUACCCUGACAAUCCAACUACUGGAGGGCAAUCUAGAAAGAGUAGAAUUCGAAGCACUUUCAUGUAAUGGCAAAAGACUUGAGAUUGGAGCCAAUCUUCACGCUGCCCUACUUGAGAGGCGCCGCCGCAGGUCCGCGACAGUCUUAUGGGCCGAUCAAAUUUGCAUCAACCAAGACGACAUCGAGGAGAAGACACGUCAAGUUCGCUUGAUGUCCACCAUAUAUUCCAAAGCGAAUCGAGUAAUCAUCUGGUUGGGCAUGCAAGACCCCGGGGACAUUGACGGAUUGAAUCUCAUGCAGGAUUUAUACAAAAAAUGCGAUGGGAAUCAGUACGAUGCAGAUGUUGGCAUAUACGACUUCCAUGAUUUUGACUGCGAGUCCAGAGGGGUACCCAAUCCUGUGUUUGAUCCCACCUGGGUUGCACUCUUCAAAAUCCUCAGUAAUUCCUGGUUCGGACGUGUUUGGGUCAUUCAAGAGCUUUUAAGUGCCCAAAAGUCUGUCAUGUGGAAAGGAUCCUUGGAUUUGAGUACUAAUGUAGUGCUCUGGAUGGCUAUGCUGAUCGGACGACACAAAAAUCUCUAUGAAAAUUACGACGUCACUAUGGGCAGCCCUCAGGUUUCGGCACUUAUGGCUAGGAACAUCGCAGCGAGCUACUUUAAGUUCAGGAAAAGAGGUCCCCUCCCAAUAUACGAUACAUUGUCCAGACAGCUUGGAAUGAGUGCAACAGAUCCUCGAGACCGGUUCUUUGCGCUCUUUGGUGUAUCUACUGGCCUCGCCAAGGCCUUUGUUGAUUACAAAAAGACUUUCAAGGAAGUUGCCUGCCUUGUUGGUAAAAUGACUCUGUUGGGUAUCCCGAACUACCGACUCACAGAAGAUGGCACUGAAGUGCUGAUUCUGGAGAGUACCCCAGGAAAACACAGGUUCCUCAUCGAAUGGUUGGCAUUUCACGCCAACCCUCAGAACCGAGUGGAGAAGCGUGCCAAAUCCGGAAGUCCGCAUGGGUGA